UCAGAGAGGAGUACCAUUGGCUCCCUGAGAGUGGUCCCUGGCUGGGGGCCUACGCCCACAAUGGGAGGUUGCUGUGGCUGCUGUGGGAAGGCUAAGGAUGAAGACGAGCAGGGAAGGACCUUCAAGAAAGGUGGGGAGAACGAUUUGUCCAAUGGCCCGGUGCAAAACAGAGGCUGCACCGAUGGCUGGUGUUUGAUCGUUUUGCUGGCCGCUUGGAUGGCCUACUGCGUGGUGACCCUGGCAGGACUUCAAGACGGAGCGCCUGCCAAGCUCUACCUGCCCAGGGACUACAGCGGCGCGUAUUGCGACGCGGAAACGAAUUGGAACGGAGGACCGAACCUCAAAGGCUUCACGUACCUCACUUACACCAUGAACGCAACGUCAACCACAGACCUCAUUGUGAAGCAGCUGCUUUGCUCCACCUCGGCGAAGGACUUCUUUCAGACCUUCUAUUCCAGCUCCAGUGCGGACUACAACGACUACCUUUGCGAAUGCUGCUUGGUUCCAUGCGCCAAGUGCGAAGGAAGCUUCAAUGUGGGCGGCGAUUUGGACGCUAGCAACCUGCAAAGCACGAUCACUUCCAAGCUCGACGAAAUGAAGGGCCUGGCGAACCCGUCGAGUCUAUUCUCCGGAGGUGGCGCAAAUGGCGAUGUCUUCACCAACAUGUGGAGCGAGGCCACCAAGUACUUCAACCUGGUCUGCAUGACGAGCUGCAGCAACAACUUCGCCACCAUGAACACCAGCGACGCCGCCCGCGAGUGGGUGUACACCAUGUCGGAUGACAACGGCAUGAAGAAGUACUGGGAGGAUUUGAAAUCCUCUGGGCCUACCUACAUCACAGACACCAUUACCAACCAAUUCAAGUUCCAGGCGCUGCCGGCAUCCGUGUGCCCCUACAACGCCUCCAAGUGCAUACCCAUGCCGGGGGUGGAGUUCGAGGAGCUGUAUGCAGGAUACUGCAGCUUCAAGAUGAGCGCAGACGUGGUGAACGCAAUGGGCUCGGCGGCAUCGCAGGUCUUCGAGAGCACCGGCCUGGCGUCCUUCCAAGACUCCUCCACGGAGACUUUUGGCAAGUGGAUGGGAGAUUUCGAGCGCUCGCUGCCGGCCUUCAUCCUUGUGGCUUUUAUGAGUUUUCUCAUCGGCUUCAUUUACAUGGUCCUGCUGCGAUUCCUCAUCAAGUUCUGCGUCUGGUUUGCAGUGCUCCUGGUCCUACUCAUGCUGGUCCUGGGUGGUGGCCUCUGCCUCAUCCGCAGCAAGCAGUGCGCAGGUGCCGGACUUUUCGAGACCGGCCAGCAAGCGGCCGUGGCCAUUACGGUGACAGCCACCACGGCGGCGAGCAACGUAGCGUCUGGCACAGAAGCCGCCAGCGAAGCGAUGACGGGAGAUGGGGCCGACUACCGGGGCGUGCAAAGCCGCACGAAGAAUGGCUAUUCUUGCGAGACAUGGGGCGAGGGUGCCGCUGUGGGCUACAACAGCACCACCUACCCGAAUUCAGGCCUCACCAACAACUAUUGCCGCAAUCCUUAUCAGUCGAGCUCGGUGAACAGGGGAGCAACGAUUUGGUGCUUCACCACGGAUACGAGCAUUACGUGGGAGACUUGUACCCCGGUUGGAGUGAUCAUGCCAGAAUGCAAGGCUGGUUAUGCUGUCACCAACAACGAAGUCAGGGUGGUCCUUGAAGUCGCCGCAUACGUCCUGUGGGUCUUUGCGGGCAUCUAUCUCUUCUUGGUCUGCUGCCUUGCUGAUAGGAUCCGGCUCGCCAUUGCCGUCAACCAGGUGGCAGCCACCUUUGUGAAGCAAACCCCCAGGAUUUUGCUGGUCCCGGCCAUCCAAGCGCUGGUGGGCAUCCUGUGGAUCAUGAUCUGGGCGCUCUCCGCGAGCUUCUUGAUCUCGCAGGUUCCGGACGGGUACAUCCCCAAGGAUGCCUUUACGACUUACGACGAGGCCUAUGGCACAGCCACGGUGCCAGGGAAGUGCACUGACAAGUGGCCCACGGGUGGCGUCUACAAGUCGGAGAGCUGCGACCUGGUGAACGGCACCUACGCAUGCUGGAGGUGCUCGCCCCCACGGUACAUCUUCGACUGGCGCUUCGCAGUGUCUUUCUUCGUGUUCCUGUGGAACAACGCGCUGAACAUUGCAAUCGGACAGUGCCUGAUCGCUGGCGCUGUUGGGAUCUGGUUCUUCACGCCCAACGCGGACAAGGGAACACGCCGUGUAAUCAUGCAGUCAACGUGGAACGUGUUCCGGUACCACCUGGGAUCUGUGGCCUUUGGCUCCUUCAUCAUCGCAGUGAUUCAGUUCAUCAGAUACCUGAUGAAGUACUACGAGAAGCAAGCCAAAGCCGCCAAGAACCGGGUGCUCCAGCUCACUUUGCGGAUCUGUGGAUGCAUCAUCUGGUGCUUCGAGAAAUGCGUCAAGUUCCUGAACAAGAACGCGUACAUCCAGAUCGCGCUUAUGGGCACCAACUUCUGCACCUCCGCCAAGAAGGCCUUCUUCCUCAUUCUGCGGAACGCCUUCCGCUUUGGAACCGUGGCGCUCUUGGGGGCAGUGAUCCAUGCGAUCGGGUUCCUGUUCAUUAUUGCUGCUAGCGUUGCUCUGGGCUACCUCAUCCUCACGGGGCUGUACCCAGAAGUGGCCCCUGCAGUGAGCUUGGUGAUUUACGGCGUGUGUGCCUACAUGGUGGCCAAGCUUUUCAUGAAUGUAUUUGGCCUUGCAGUGGACACCACGUUGCAGUGCUUCCUUGCGUGCGAGGAGAUGGAUUUGAGUGGGGACUUCAUCCCCAGUUCCAUGGCGAAGUGGCUGGACAAAUCAAAGGCCCUUGGAGCAGAGGAUGACGACGACUGACGAAAGUUCCCGCGCCGUCCUGGCGCGGCAUUCACUGAAUUCGCGGCCGGAGCCCGAAUCCCUCAAGGGCAAACUGCUGA